GCAAAAUCCUGUCCCAACUUCUGCUGUGGAGAUUGCAUGCAUCAAUACUGUUGCUCUACUGCCUUCUUAAAAUUUGGUGAAGAACAACAAUUUCAGUGUAAUCUGCUUGAUGGAAGGACCUCUGACUCAAGCAACAUAAAUUACAUGCAGGUUUUUUCGGACCCCGAUGAUUACAUUUCCUCUGGCCCCAGUUUUGGAAGCCUUGUUGCGAUUGGAGUUACUGUUUGUGCAGUGAUUGUAAUUACUAUUAUUCUGUGCCUCACCUGUUCGUGUUGCUGUUUAUAUAAAGCAUGUCGAAGACCAAGGCCUGUUGUGACCACCACUACUUCCACUACAGUAGUUCAUGCUCCCUAUCCCCAGCAACAGGGAGUGCCACCCAACUACCCAGUAGGCCCAUAUCAGGGAUAUCAGCCUGUGGCUAUCCAGCCACAACCGGGAAUGCCGGUAGCACCGUACCCUGCACAGUAUCCUCCCCCUUACCCCAUGCAGCCAUCAGGACCCCCAGCUUAUCAUGAAACGGUGGCAGCUGGUGCUGGAGCACCUUACCCAAUCAGCCAGCCCCCUUACAACCCUGCUUAUGUGGAUCCUCAGAAGCCCACCUAUUGAAAAGAUCUUCUUCUAUGCUUCUGCAUAUGAAACUUUUUAAAGUAUAAUUUGUGCUGUUUACACUGUGCAACUGUAGUAUAUUUUUCUGGAAGACAGCAAUCUUUUGUCUUAAGUAAAGUGAAAGUUAAUUCAGUAUCUUUUUUUUAAAUGUUUCAAGUACGAGGAAGGAGUAUUUUUCUUGCAGAAGUUAUUAAUUUAUACCUCAAGCAAAUACAAAAAGAUAUUUUUUUUCUAUAUAGAAUGAGAAAAGCAUGAAGAAGGAGUACUUCAGAAAAAAGAACCACAAUAACGUUUGCUGUGCAAUAAUUUUGAAAGGAAUGGUCUAAUAUAAGCAUUAUCAAACACCUAAAGCUGUAGCAAUCUUUUGCACAGUAUUAAAACAUAAAAACUUAAUCUCUAAGAAACUACCUGAUAUAUGUUAUGUAUGUUCUGCCUGUUUCGAAGCUACUGUUGUUAGGUGAGCUACAAUGUAAUACAUUUCAUUUACCAUUCAAAAGGGAUUUUUCCGUCUUUGAAACACAUUUGCCUUCAGUAAAGGGUAGCAAACCACGUUUAAUUGUCUUUGGACUAGUUGCAUUUUUCUGUGCUAAAUAGCAUGAGUUGAUAAUUUCCUUGUUUUCUUUCCCAAUUUUAAGGCUUAAAAACUGUGCCUUCAUUGGGUGUUUUCUCAGGCCAUUUUAAUUUAUAGCUAGAAAUCAACAACAAAACCAAACUGCCCCUUAGUAGAACAAAUAGAUCGAAAGCUGAAAAGCUGAGAAUUUUUCAUAAAAAUUAUUGGACAAGUAUUUGUUGUCCAAGUAUUAUUGGACAAGCUUUCUUAAGUCAUAUGUUGUUGAUGAGUUUGGAAGAAAAAAUAGCACCUUAAUCAUAUGUUAAGCAGAAGUACCUGCCAGUGUUCAGUCCUGCCUCAUCGUAGGGAAGGAAUUUAUUUUACAGGAGAGAUGGGAUGUCAGAAAUAGAUUGGGGUUUUUAAAUACUUUGGGUUUGUCACUGUCUGUCUCUAGUAGGAACUGUAGAUGGUGGGAGCCUAGGAAUGAUAGAUCUUUAUAAACUCACUCUGUGUUUGAAUAACAAUAUGCAGGGGGGAUAAGAAAUCCCAGCCCAACACACAGUAGAGAUUAAACCUCCCUUUUGUCUUCAACAUUUCCAUAAAGCUGAGCAGAGAAUGAGAAGUCAGGGAAAGGAAGAGUGGUAAGAUUUGGUCACAGCGAGGUAAUGUAUUUUCAAGAAGGUAGUGCUUGCAGUCAUGGAAUGUCUUGAGACAUCCUCAUGACUAUUACCAGUGUUUGCAAGGCUUUUGGUUCUAUAUACCUUGUGUUGAUCAAAUGAAUCAUGAUUUUUUUUUUUUU